CUUAAAACGCCUACCGACGUGGUGUAUGUGCACGCUAGUGCCUACGUCUACUUCAUACAGCCCGCGGAGGCGCAUGAUUUGAACUUCAAAUUGCAUUUCCUCCUGCAACUAAGAUGGACCGACGCUCGCCUCGCCUACGCCCUAUACUCCCCUGAACGCACUAAAAUCAUCGGCGAAAACGACCUGCGGCAGCGGAUAUGGGUGCCCCACCUGUACAUGUCUAACGAGCAAUCGUCCAGCCUCAUGGGGACCGACAGCAAGGAUGUGCUCAUCUCUAUAGCACCUGACGGGGAGGUGCUGUUCAGUAGACGCAUGCAGGCCGUACUGUAUUGUUGGAUGAACCUGCAGAAGUUCCCGUUUGACGACCAAACUUGUUCGAUGAAUCUCGAAAGUUGGAAAUACAACGCGUCAAGUCUGCGAAUCAUGUGGGAAAGAGACAACCCCGUGCACCUUUCGUCGGAGCUACAUCUGACAGAAUACUCCCUCAUCGACUACUGGACCAAUGAGUCGGUCGUGCGCGGCGACAUUGUAAAUAUGCGGCUGGGGGGAGCUGGUAACUACAGUGCGCUGAAGUUCACGUUCAAGCUGGGCCGAGAAGUGGGCUACUACCUGAUGGACUACUUCAUUCCCUCCAUGAUGAUCGUCGCCAUGUCCUGGGUCACCUUCUGGCUGCAAGCCGACGCCUCUGCUCCUAGGAUAACAUUAGGCACGAGCACGAUGUUAUCGUUCAUCACAUUGGCCUCGUCACAAGCCAAAACGUUACCAAAGGUGUCCUACAUCAAGGCCAGUGAAAUUUGGUUCCUGGGCUGCAUCGGGUUCAUUUUCUCAGCGCUAGUCGAGUUUGCAUUUGUCAACACUAUUUGGCGAAGAAAGAAAGUAGUGAACCUAAAGAAGGUGAACAGUAAAUACAUCCUAAAGAGCACGCUGACGCCUCGUCUUGCACGCAAAGAGUUGCAGAAGGAGCUCCAGGAAUCCUCCCCACAGCUGACAAAGUCACGGUCUUGUUCAUCGCUGCAGCGUGAGGCUAGCGCAGACCCGGCCGGCCCUGGGUUCAACAACUACCUCACUGUACAUAGCUUCCCGUCUGCCCUGAACUUGCCGACCAUCACCACACAGAGCUACGACGAGCUAACCGGCGGCGCGCCCGCCAGCGAUGGCUCGAACGAGCCCAAACACACCUGGACCACCAUGACGCCGCAAGAGAUCGCCACGUGGAUCGACAAGCGGUCCCGAAUUCUGUUCCCAUUGCUCUUCUUGGCCUUCAAUAUUCUUUACUGGACUUUUGUCUAUUGCCUUUGAAUACGCCUAAUGGAAUACUGACACUAGUCAGACACAAUAGAAUUACGCCUUAACAGAUUAAAUAUUGACUUGUGAGUGUCAUAAAAACAUAAAGGUGACAAACUUUUUAAAAUGAUAGGUAACGGGUUAACUCGAGGCGAAACACACCUGGACCGCCAUGACGCCGCAGGAGAUCGCGACAAGCGGUCCCGAGUUCUGUUCCCAUUGCUCUUCUUGGUCUUCAGUAUUCUUUACUGGAUCUUCGUCUAUUGCCUUUGAAUUCAUAGAAAAUUACGAACUAGAGUUUGCAAGGCAGUGGCAGACACGACAGAUACAUUUACAGGUAAAAUACUAGCCUGUGGUCACAUAAACGUAACAAACCAUCGUAUAAAAGUAACGGGUUAACUCGAGGCGAAACAUGCUGCAGGAUACCGCCGGGUUCUGUUUCCAUUGCUGUUCUUGGACUUCAAUAAAUAUCGCCGAACAGAAUUAAAGAUUGCAUAGUGAACUUACCAGCGGGGCACAUGACUGGCACGAGAUUAUAUUAGACCAAGUAUCCGUCCCUUCGUCAUUAAUACAAUUAGAGAAAGACGUGUGAUCAUUGCGGCAAGAUACUGUCGCGUCCAUCAUGUGUUAGACGCAACCGAACCGAUGCCUUUACAGGUGAAAUAAUGGCUUGUUUGUGUCACAUUAUAGUGACAAAUAUUUUUUUACAGAUAAGUAACGAGUUACAUCUCGAAUAUAUAUAGAUACGACAAAUAUCAACCUAUAUUGCGAUAGUACUUUCUAGUCUAGACACACGGCACAAACAUAAAAAGUACUCCAAAAGAAUCAUUUUAAAUUCAUCAACAGUAAGAUACCAUUUAAUAGGUAAUUAAUGAAAAUCGUAAUCAGUAUUUUACAGUAGUGAACAAUGUUUUGUGUUAAUGAUAUAUGAAAUCACGAUAUCAGUAGGUAUUAUUUAAAGGUAAUCAAGGCGCCAUUAAGGAUAAAACCAAUAAGCCUAAUGUAAACAAUAACGUAUCAACCAAUAAGCAGAGUUUAUCUUAGAUACCUUCCGAAGUCGUGAAGUUCAAUAGAACAAAAUAUAGACGAAACAAAAUUCAGACCAACCUAUGUUGGCAGCGAUUUUGACAGCUCAGUCUGAGCAAGUGUUAAGUACCUAAAAGUCAUAAAUUCGUAGAAGUUUCAAGUUCAAAUUAAAAUAACACUUGCUCAUCCUCACUAUUAUUAAAGUUUUUUUUAUCUGCUAUUAUAAGAUUAUUUGACAUAGAUAAGAUGAAAAAUAAAAGGUACUGAGUAACAAAAAA